CACCCGAGAGACAGUCGCCGGGGAACCUGAGCUGGGUUUCAGACAGAGCAACGCUAGCUCCGUUGCCUCACAUCUAGCUCGACGACCCACCGUCGGCCGCUCGCUCCCCCACCACAUCAUGAGCUCACAAUUGCCUACCCCGCCGCCCCCCGACGCCGACGACCCUCCGUGCGCCCCGAACUCCGACGCCCCUCCGUCGCCUCCACAACUCCAGGUUUCCCUCCCAGACGAUAUCCUGGAGGAGAUCCUCCUCCGCCUCUCCACCGCGGCCGACCUCGCCCGCGCCUCCACCUCCUGCACCUCAUUUCGCCACGUCGUCGCUCCCCGCUCCUUCGCGCGCCGCUACCGCUCCCUCCACAAGGCCCCCGUGCUCGGCUUCCUCCGUGCUGACUUCUACGCCGCCCAGUCUCCGCACCCCUCCGCCCCGGUCGCCAACGCCCUCGCGCAGGCUGCCGACUUCGCCUUCAGCUUCCUCCCCAACCCCGCCUGCUGGAGCCCCCGUGACGUCCGCGACGGCCGCGUUCUCUUCUCCGCCGUCUCAGUCUCCGAAGGUCGUGGCGACUUCAUAGACGCCACCUCCAACACCUUCGUGGAUCUCGUGGUCUGUGAUCCCCUGUCCCGGCGCUGCAUCCAGAUCCCACCCGUCCCUGAAGACCUAGCGGACUCCGUCCAGCACUGUGGCAUGUUAGAUUUCGAGCCCUUCUUUGCUCCGGCCAGUGACGAUGUGCGGGCGGAUGAAUCGUCGUUCAAAGUGAUCUGCAAGGUGCUGUGCGAAAACAAGGUUGCUGUCUUCAUCUUCUCUUCACACACUGGUAAAUGGGUUAGUAUUCAACACCAUGGUUUGGGCGCUUUGUCCAAUGAAGUUGUGGAUGCAUUGUAUGCACGAUGUGGACUGCAUCGGCGCCAUUAUGCACACGGUUGUUUCUGUUGGGUGUUAGAAUGGAUGGACAAACUGCUCAUGCUUGACACACGUGAGAUGAAAUUCACCAUUAUAGAUCUCCCGCCCAACAGUCAUGGGGGAAGGCUCGCCAUUGUGGAAGCAGGAGAAGGUAUGAUUGGGUUGUUAAAUAUUGGUAUGCGCACGUUAGACUUCUACUGUAAGGUUUGGCGAAACAAAAGUAAAGGCACCAAAGAGUGGCAGCACAGCACGAUAAACCAUCCGUUGCCCAAUUAUCACUGGUGCAUCAUUGGUGCGGAUGAGGAGUACUUACUCCUAAGAGGGAUUUCGCUAGAUUGGCCCUGGUUUGGAAGCUCUUCACAGCAGAGACCGGAUAUAGAGUAUUUUGCAUUGGAACUCAAGACAUUGCUGCUUGAGAGGAUGUAUGUGUCAAAGAACAAAAUGAUGCAUGCUCACCUGUAUCGAGGCUUCCCACCAUUAUUGUCUCCGCCAAGCAUAUGAGGUAGUAAGGACAUCUCGAGGGGACAAAGCACCGUGGAUAUCAGCAUCUGUACGAUGGCUUUACUAUAGGAGAAUACAUCGGUUGCUACUGACAAGGUUACUGGAAACUAAGGUGUUUGGGAAAGGUUGAAGUUCAGUAGUGGGAUUUGCUCGAAUUGCAGGAAAUUCAACUACUGUAUGGUAUUUGUCGGGGCUUCAUAAAACAUGAUCUAAUCCUCUAUGCAGAAGAAUUUACUUUUGGUGGUCUGGUUCAUUCCAGGAACAUGGAUGUUCGGAAGGCCAAAUUGCCUUCCAAAUAAGAUCUUGUGGGCUUCCCCCAUAGCACUAAAAGACGGCAUUCCGAUAGCAGUUCAAGUUGGCAUAUAGACACCGGCCAGGAAAUGAUUAAUUUUCUUUCCGUGAAGUGAAGGAGAAUGCUAAUCACAGAUCUUGAUUUGUGGUCUAGCUUAAAAGAAAUAUUUGUUUGGGUUUCCAUUGAACUUUCUUCUAUGAGUUGGUUUCACCAGGGAGGGGAACCUGGUGAUUGAUCAUGGUGUUGGGUUUGGGAUGUGUAACCUGGAAUUUGUGGAGGGUUUGGAAUCAAAUGCCUAUGGGGGUCGACUAAUCAAGGCCGUGUUGCAUCAAGCUGCUCAAGGAGAAGAAAAAUGUCUUGGAAGAGAGGAGAUGGCCAUCUGAUCGUGGCGCUAUCUUCUUGAUCUCUUGGUGUUAGUCUCUGAUUUUGUGGUGUGGUCUUGUUCUGUACUCUGCUGGUAGGGUUGUUGUUAUAUUCUGCUUUGAUGCUCGUGUGUUGUGAGUCUGCCAUGUUCGGUGAGUGUCACCAUCUUCCUUGUAUCUGUGAACAUGUUUCUUAUAUACUUCAAAAGCUCAGGAAUUUUUUUCCCCA